AUGCUGGGGACCGGAGGCCCAUCACCUUCCCUCUGCCUCCUUUUCCCACUGCUGGCCAUGUACAGUGCUGAAAGGAGCCAUCCUCCUCCUCAACGAAGGUUUGAGUACAAGCUCAGCUUCAAGGGACCAAGGCUGGCAGUUCCUGGGGUUGGAAUACCCUUCUGGAGCCACCAUGGAGAUGCCAUUCCAGGCCUGGAGGAAGUGCGGCUGGUUCCAUCUAUGAAGAACCGGAGUGGUGCCGUGUGGAGCAAGAUCUCUGUCUCCUUUCCUGCCUGGGAAGUGGAGAUGCAGAUGAGAGUGACUGGACCAAGGCGCCUGGGAGCCCAGGGUGUAGACAUGUGGUAUACCCAGCAGAGGGGUCAGGUCAGCUCUGUCCUAGAGGGGCUGGCCUCAUGGGAUGGCAUCAGGAUCGCCUUUGAUUCCUCUGCCAGUGACGUCCAGAAUGGCCCUGUCGUCCGAGUACUGGCCAGUGAUGGGCAGGACCUCCAGGAGCAGUUUGGGGAUGGAACUGUCCGGGAACUAGGCUCCUGUCAACGAGACUUCAGGAACUGGCCAUACCCCUUCCGAGCUCGGAUCACCUAUUGGAAGCAGAAGCUGCGAGUGUCCUUGCGUGGAGGCCUUACCCCCAAUGACCCUGAAGAGGUCUGUGCCGAUGUGGAGCCCCUGCUUUUAGCCCCUGGAGGCUUCUUUGGGGUCUCAGCGGCCACCAGCACCUUAGCAGAUGACCAUGAUGUCCUGUCCUUCCUGACCUUCAGUUUGAGGGAACCAGGUCCAGAGGCAGGCCCCCAGCCAUUCAUGGAGAAGGAGCAGCUCCGCCUGGCCAGGAAGCUGGAAGGACUGCAGGCAAGGUUGGCCCUGGGCAUUAGAGAGGAUAACAUUCCACCGCUGAGCUCCAAAGCCCAGGAAGAAGGGGAAAGGUUCUUUGACUUGGAGGAUACACUGGGCAGACAAAGCCAGAUCCUGCAGGCCCUCCAGGCUCUCUCCAGGCAGUUGGACCAGGCUGAGAAGCAGUGGAAACAGCAGCUGGGGUCUACAGUCCAAGUCCGACCUGAGGGAGGCUGGAACACUGCCAAGGUCAGCACACUGCUCUAUGGACAGAGGACUCUGAUCCAGGCCCUGCAAGAGAUGAGGGAAACAGCUGCCCAGAUGGUUUCAGGAGCCCAGGUCUUUUACCUGCCUGUGGGGACUAAGCAUCAUUUUUUUGAGUUGGACCAGAUCCUCAGCCUCCUGCAGAAGGACCUCAGGGAUCUGGUGAAGAUGACAGCCAAGGCCCCCCGCCAAUCUGGCUGGCACCUUGGAACUUCCACAUGUCUUCGGACCAGCAUCUUCCUGUUCUUCCUCCUCAUCCAGACCAUAGGCUUCUUCUGCUACAUGAACUUCAGGCAGGAGCUGGACAAGAGGCUUCAAAAGUACCUGUCCACAGGAAGCCUUCCUCUAGAGCCUGCACUACCCAUCCCUAGGACACUAGGGGCUCUGAGGAGACAGCCUGUCUCCCCCAGCAUGCAAGCCUGACCCAACUCAAAGCCAUGUCUUACU